CGAUGGCAAGAGCGCGGAUGCCGGGGCUGUUCUCGCGUCCCUUGGAAAUGAUUCUAUGUCUCGGCCUUCCAUGGAUACGGCGGUAGCUGGUGCUGCAGAGGUUCCAACAGCGUACAAGCCAGAGUACCACUCGACUGCAUCUACGUUCGAGGGAGAUGAGUACAAGGACCCAUCUCAACUAGAUCGUCCUAUCGGUGCCACUGAAGAGAUUCAACUGGACGAUAAGGGUAGGGAUGCCCAUCAUGACGCGCACCCCAGAAUGACGACCAGGGUCAUAGGGGCGCUGAGUAGCAUGUUGCCAACGAUGGGCAACAAGCACGAGGAUCAGGACAUGGAUGCGGAGCCCACCGUUGAUUCCUCGGUGGAUCUUACUACUGCUUAUGCUGAAUCUUCGUCCCGGUCUUCGAGGGACGCGUCGGUUCCAACAUCAGCGGCUGCUACUAUUACUCCGUACCAUGGCGGGAACAGUGGUAUUAGAGCGGACAGGCCAGAGCAACGCACGACUGAAGCUAUGUUCGAGCGACCGAAAGCUGAUCUGUCGCUGUACCCUGAGGAGAAGGCCUCAUAUCUACGCGGCGAGGAAGAUGAAUAUGACGACCCAGCCUAUCUGGACCAUCCUGCUGGCAUUGUGGAAGAGGUCCAGUUGGGCGAGAAGGAUAUGUAUGCCUAUCAGGAUGCGUACCCUAUUAUGACAACCAGGGCCGUAGAAGUACCGGGUAGCAUGAUGCCAAUGAUGGGCAGCAAAAACGAGAGCAAGGGCAUGGACGUUGCCGCUGGUGGUGCUUUGAGUGCUGCCCAGAUCGCUGCGGUUUUAAGAACUUCAGAUGAUGGUAGGGACUUGUCAGCAUCUGUUCCUACUCAGAGCAAGAAUACCAG